GCCACAAAUCACUGAACACUAUAGUCAGACAUGAGUCUGUACAGCCAGGAAUCCACCGAAGACACAAGAGACGAAUUGGAGACACUGGGGUGGUACCAUUACGACCUGUCCCGGCAUGCUGCAGAGGCCCUGCUGCUGUCCAACGGCUCUGAUGGAAGUUACCUCCUGAGAACCAGUAACGAGGGGGCCGGCUGCUUCGCUCUGUCUGUCAGGGCAAAGGAUUCAGUGAGGCACUUUCACGUGACUCGUCGAGACAACGGCUACAUCUUCGGGUUUCAUCAGUUUUCAACUCUUCAUGACUUUGUGGACCACUUUGCCAAUCAGCCGCUGCUGGGCAGUGACACAGGAACCCUGAUUGUGCUCAAGUGUCCAUACCCGUGGAGGGUGGAGGAGCCGUCGAUCUACGAGUCGGUGCGCGUUCACACAGCCAUACAGACAGGGCGGACUGUGAACGAUCUCGUGGCUAAUGCAGCAUCGCUGGGCACCAAAGAAGGCUAUCUAAUCAAACAAGGAGCUAUUGUGAAGAACUGGAAGCAGAGGUGGUUCAUACUCAACAGAUAUGACCUAAAAUAUUUCAAAGACAGAAUGAGUGAGGAGCCCAUUCGAACUCUGGACCUAAGAGCCUGUUCUGCUGUCCAGUUUGACUAUUCUCAGGACAGAGUCAACUGUUUUUGUCUGGUGUUUCCUGAGCGGACGUUUUAUCUGUGUGCAAAGACAGGCGUGGAAGCAGAUGAGUGGAUCAAGAUCCUGAGGUGGAAACUGUCACAGACCAGGAUGGGUAGAUGAUAUCUGACCCCGAAGAACUGAAGCAAGAAGCAUGUUCCCUCUGAAGACCAAGAAUCCAGACAUAGUUAUUCAGAAUCAGUAAUCUAGGUUUUGCUAUGUGGCUAGUGUAGAAACUGUUAUGUGAAAACUUCAGUGCUUUAGUGUUCUAAGUGUGAAACGAUAGAAUUUUAUGUUAACCCUUUCCAGAUGGUUUUAUUUUUGAAGGUAGAAUGUUUGGCAGGUCAUUUGUUGAAUUAUUGAGAGACGUAGGGUUUGUAAUGCUGAGUCGAUCAGAAGAUCCUCUUGUGUUGUAUCCGUCUGCUUCAGUGGCUGCAUCUCCACCUUUGUAGUUCCUGUCAAGGCGACCUGACUGAGCAGGUAUCAGACCAUUCACCACAUGCACAGUGGUUUCCCUGAACAGAUCCUGGUCUGUUCCCCUUCAGCUCAGCUUCCGACGUCACAGUGACUCCUGGAGGUCAGUUCUUCAUCAGGAACAAGUUGAGCGAGACGCUUGUCAAACAACUUCUGGUUCAGCUCAUCCAUGUGACAGGAUUACACCUCCAGUAUUAUCGACAGUGAGUAUUGAACUCACCAUUCAGAAUUAGAAGAAACUGGAAAUAUUGUGGACUGAGGAGAGAAGCCAGAAGGAACUGAGCUGAGUUACAACAGAGUCACGUAUGAGCAAUGUCGAACCAGCUGCUUCUGCAAUGAGGCCACAACAUGCAGGGACAAAAAGAUUCACCCAGCCAUUCCACCGCACACAGACAAACAGCUGAGGGGUUGAAGAUGACACUUUAUUUAGAUUUCCACAGAGAAAGAUUGGAACAGGAGAGAACAGACUCCCUGAGAGGGUGGCAGGACACAC